AUUUAGCGCGUCGAGGGCUGCCCCGCCGCCACCCCGCACCUGGAACAAAAGACCACCGACGGCUGCCAAAAGGAUAUUUCACACGUCCAGGCAUGGUAGGCGACUCUGGCACAACGGCGCGCGCUCAAGUUAAGUGCGGCAUCAAGGAAAUUUGCCGGGAUGCUCUCGAUCUCAGGCUGCCUCUCUGCGUGGGGUGCAUGGCUUCUAGCUUGGGCAGCAGCGCGAGCUCCCAGCGCGGCAACAGCGCGAGCGCCCAGCGCGGCACGCUGCGCGGCAACGUCAUCCGUCUGAGCAACGUGCAUUCAUUCGUGAUUUCCGACUGUAUAACUCCGUGGGACGGUGAAAUUGAAGGCGCGACCGGUCUCAAAUGCCACUGGCACGACCAAGGCUGGGGCAAUCGGAAGGGCAUGGUGUUCGCGCGCACCGCUGGCGGCGCGUGGCAUCCCCUCUCUCGGAGCGUUGCCCCGCAUGCGACCGCACGCCUGACGGUCCAACUGCCGCCGUCGCUCCGUGGUCGUCGCGUUCAAUUCGGCUACCGCGUGGGCGGCGGCGGCGGUCACUCGCUCUCCAUCAAGGGAGCCGUUGUCCAGCUCGACACUGAGUCUCCACCGGCCUCGCGGACAGAGCAACCCGCGCCCAGACCGAUCUCGCCUCCACAAGAUAUUCGCGCCGACAGCUUCCGCGGCUUCGGCCGUCGUGACGAGGAUUUGGCGGAAAAAGCGCUGCCGCUCGCGCUCGUCGGCAGGUAUGAAGUGCGCACGGUGUAUAAUGGCAAAGACGACCUCGUCAUCGAAAAAGAGAGGCUCUCGUGGAAGGGCGCGCAUGUGGCCGCGAGGGAAGUGCUCCUUGACUAUCUGGAGAACGGCUGGUUGCGCCUGUGUUUCACCGUCUUCUGCCCGAACCAGUCGACGGACUGGCUGCGCGGCGCGGGCGGUGGCCCGCUGGUGGGCGUCAUCGAGUCCUUCGACAUUGUCUUCAUGUCCUCUGACAUUCUUGGUAGGACUACCACCUUCCGAGGAGACUUCCGCCGGCAGGGCGAGGGCAUCCUCCCCACCAAGGGCGAGCGCAAGGAGUCGCUCAACGAUCGCAUGGCACGCAUGCCGCAACUCGUGCGCUCGGUCUCUUCCGACCCGGAGGCCACAUGCCCCAUAUGUCUUGGCAAUUGGGACGCCGACGGCCUCGUGCAGACGCAGACCGAGUGCGGCCAUUCGUUUUGCGCGCGAUGCGUCGUCUCCGUUUGCAACAUGACGCCGCCCAAUACCUCGGGCACAUGCCCACUCUGUCGGAAGACUGUGACUCUCGCGGGACUGCGCCGCGUGCGGCGCGCCGCCGAGGUGUCGUAGAUAUAAGUAUGUACAACAUA